AGCGAACUAGCUAGCUUCAUUAAAAAAAAAAAAAGCUAGCUAGCUUCAUUUGUUGUCUUGUCCAGCAUGAAUUGUGUUAUUGAAGGGAGCUGUAUCAAAGUCUUUGGGAAAGCUGUCCAUGCCUUGUCACGGAUUGGAGAUGAGCUCUGGUUGGAUCCCAUGGUCAAAGGGCUGGCUCUGAGAUCUGUGAGUUCUGCUCUCUCUGCAUAUGGAGGCUUCCUCUUCUCGCCGUUGUUCUUCCAGCAGUACAGCCUGAGAUCACUGUCAGAACAGCACAGACAAGCAAUCAAAUGUAAAGUGCUCAUGAAGUCGGUGUUAUCACUGUUUCGCUGUCUGACUUCCAUUGAGCGCAGUGUGCAAGAAUGUCACAUAUCAAUCACCACUCCKACUGACAGAGUGAUGAUCCAGUUCAUCUGCAGACAUGGCAUAACUAAAACUCACAACCUAAGCUUCCAGGAAAGUGAGGCUGUGGAGGCAAUGUUUGCCACCCACCUCUGUCCGAAUGUGCUGAAAGCUCCUGCCAGGCUCCUUGGUGACAUGGUGGCUCACUUUCCAGUAUUUCAGGAGGAAAUCACUCUGUCUACGACUCCACUGAAAGUCUGUCUGAGAAACUACCAGGAGGGAGGAAAAGGUCACAUGAAGAUGACGUGCACUGAGAUGUCCUUACAUCCAGACGAGUUUGACCAUUUUCAAAUAGGAGAGGAUUCUGACAUAACCUUCUGUCUGAAGGAGCUGAGGGGCAUUCUGUCUUUUGCAGCAUCUCAUUGCCUUCCAGUGUCAGUUCACUUUGGUGCAGCAGGAAAUCCCGUGUGCUUCUCUGUGAAAGAUGAGGUUGUUGAUGCCACCGUGGUGUUGGCUACUCUAAACAACUCUGAAAGCAGGGGUCCACCUCAGCCAGAGACCCCCGCCCCAGCUACACCCAGGUGUGCAGAUGCUGCAGUUCUACCUGUGGGUGUGUGUGAGGAACACGAGCGGGUCCUGUCCAGCCAGGGCAGUCCGGAGUGGAUUCAUCCUCUGCCUCGGAUCAGUGGCCCUACCAGACUGUGUGAGGCUGAAGAAUGUGCCAGCACCACCGCAACCCCUGCAUCCACUAAGAUCUGCUCUCUUCUGUUUAAAGCCUUGUCAUCUGAGGAGGAAGAUGAUGAGGAUGAUGGUUGCACAGCCAGACUACCUGUCCUGGCACGCUAUAGUGACGAAGAUGAAAAUGAUGAGGACUACCCUGCAAGAAGCUCGACAGUGAGAGUGGAGUUCUGAGUCAUUUGUUGUAGGUUGGUGCAGUUUCUGCACAUGUGCACAAAGUUUUUAGUUAAGAAAAGAAUUAUUUAUAUUUAUUUUUUUAUUUAAAUACAUUUCGAUUUGUAGCAACUCAGACUUUGUUCUAUUUGCAAAAAUGUUUACAUCUCACUUGCUGAAACAGCUUAGUGUAGGUUUCUCACAAGUUAGUGCAUCUGUCAACAUAAACCAACUUUUUUUGUCCGACCCCUCCAUGAUAGCUAAAGAACACUGCCACACCUGUGUCCUGUCUGAGGAAUGUCAGGUGCGUCUCUCUCUCUCACACACACACACACACACACACACACACACACACUGUCCUGAGAAGCAGGAACUGAGCAUGCUGAGCUCAGUCACUGUGGUGUCAUUUCUUCAUUGUUCAGUUUGUAGCAAUGUGUUCUUAUUGCACUUUACCUCUGUAAUAUGAAAAUCAAAUACUACUUGUUAAUAAAUAUAUUUUUAUUUAAAUAUACAGAUUGUAAUUUCCCCCACAUAGCUCAGAUCUGCAUUGAACUGUACAUUGUAUAUACAUGCUGUGACAGUCUGAAAGAUGGAGAAACAGGAAGAAUGUCAAUAGGAGUCAGAAAGCAGGGACAAAGCUUUCAGUGGUAGUACCAAAUGACUAGGAUUACCAACAUUGUGUUUUAAGGCAGUUUAGGUUGUCUUCAGUGUUUAAACUCCUGAAUCAGAGCAGUCCCAUCACGCCACGCUCAGUGUGAACUCAUGAUUUAACAAGUGAACCAUUAGAUGAGUGUAAACAAUGACCCACAGCGAUCAUUUUCUCUGGUUGAAAUGGCUUUAUCAAUAUUCCUGAACUCCUGAUCAAACACACAGGAGGAGAUUUAUAAAGAAUUUAAAAUGGAGGUGAUAAUCCCUUUUGUUUAGACAGCAAGCUGACAGGGUAUGCUGUUUUGACUCUUAUGGCUACUUUACAGUUUCAGGUUCUGUGUUCAGUACCUGGUACAAAGUCAGGUGGGGGUUUAGGAACUGCAGACAUGUUUGCCAGUAUCAACAACUCCUGAUACAAGGCACUAAUACACAAUAUGGACUUUAUAGACUCACCCACGUGUAGGUAGAAGCACUAUAUAGACAGAAACACACUGGAAUAACCAACCAAGGUGAGAAAUUGUGCUGUUAAAUGUAGCUUAGCUCCUGCCAGCAGACCAGAAAUACAAACCACAUUUCAAUGUGAUAUAACAUUUCAUAGGUGAAUAUAAGGCCAUUUUAGCUCAAAUCAUUAAAAAUGUGUUUACGUCCAUCUAUGCUGCCAGAAAAUCAUUGAAUAAUCAAAUCUGCUUUACCCAUUUUAUGAGUGAAUCUAUAUGCUAGAUGGUAGCAUAUACAAUGUGUUCUAGCUAUACAAAAAGGUUUUUUUUAAUAUUGAAG